ACGAUAACGCUCACAAGUCAAGAACCGUACGUGAGAAUGUGUACACGUGUCGCUGCAGUAACGCGCUUUCGGGGAAAGCUUUGAGUUGGACAAUCGGUGGUUGGAAGCGCCAUCUAGUGCCAAAGGACCCUGCCUCGGACAUCGGUCCCCCUAAAGCCAAAAUAAUCAAUACAGGAAAUCCCCUAGGAAUCGGUGAUAAGGGCGACUUUUGCUUCCGCUAAGUGGCUGGUUGGGGUUGACCGAGGGUGGAACACAGGAGUGUGCCAAGGUGUGCGUAAAGCAGUAGCUGUGAGUUCUGCUCGUCCGCAAUCAGAUGCCGCCCCCGCGCUCUGAUCUCACGGCUCAGUUUCAGUGGUGACGCACCCAGGGACCUGAACGAGAGGAGGACUUGAUGCAUCUGUUUGGUCUCAUCUUCAGGACAGAUUACGGAGGUUCGAGACAUGAGCGGUGUCACAGUUUGGGCAGAGGAUGGGGACAUAGCGCAGGAGGAGGUGCGGUCCUCUCCCCCCUGGUCGGAGGAGCACUGUGAGGAGCUUUGGGAAAGGGUGGAGGGGGUACGGCACAAGCUCACGCGCAUCCUCAACCCGGCCAAACUCACCCCGUAUCUGCGCCAGUGCAAGGUCAUCGACGAGCAGGACGAAGACGAGGUGCUCAACUCCACGCAGUACCCGCUGCGCCUCAGCAAGGCCGGUCGCUUGCUGGAUAUCCUGCGGGGUCAUGGCCCGCGAGGUCUCCAAGCCUUCAUGGAAUCGCUGGAGUUCUACCACCCGGACCAGUACACGCAGCUGACCGGAGAGCAGCCCACACAGCGAUGCUCCCUCAUACUGGAUGAGGAGGGCCCGGAGGGUUUGACCCAGUUCCUCCUUCUGGAGGUGCGUAAACUGAGGGAGCAGCUUCGCAUCAGUCGCAUGUGUGAGCGCCGGCUGUCUCAGCGCUGCCGGGUGGCAGAGGACGAGCGCUGCCUUGCCGAGCGCAAAGCUCAGGAGCAACGUCAGGACAGACUGCAGCUCGAGAGGCUGCGUCAGGACUUGGAGUCUGCCAGUCGAGAGCUGGGCACGCUGAAGGACAGGCACCUGGAGCAGGCUGUGAAGUACUCCAGGGCCCUGGAGGAGCAAGGGAAGGCCUCCACCCGCGAGAGGGAACUCCUGGGGCAGCUAGAUGAGCUUCGGUCCCGGUUGACAAAAGCAGAGCAACAAGUAAUCAACCCGGCGGGGAGCACAACGCCGGCAAAGAGAAACAGUUUGCUCUCUAAUGGAAAAAAGGGUUUUCCACCUCCUUUGCCAAAAAAGCCGCUGCACCUCACGGAAGUUCACAAAGAUGAGAAUACAGGAAGUCAGAUGAGGAAGUCAGUUCCUGCCUCCGGAGUCAUAGCUCUGAUGGACAUCCUGCAGCAGGACCGCAGGGAGGCAUCAGAGCAGAGGCAGGAGCUGUGUGAUACCAUCACCAGACUACAAGGAGAGCUGCAGAGCACCGAGGAGCACUGGGAGAAGCUGGAGUCGCAGUGCGAGCAGCUUCAGCUGAAGGUGAGAACGCUCCAGCUGGACUGGGAGACUGAACAGAAGAGGAGCGUCUCCUAUUUCAACCAGAUCAUAGAGCUGGAAAAGGAGAGAGACCAGGCUCUGCGGAGUCGGGACAGCCUGCAGAUGGAGUACACCGACUGUCUGCUGGACAAGAACCGACUGCGUAAACGCAUUGCCGAGCUGCAGGCCAACCAGGAGCAGCUGCAGAGCGAGCUGGAGAGAGAGCGGGAGAGGAGUCGGGAACAAAUGGAGCAGAGCAGCCCCGGUCUGCACUGUUCCCACCUGUCCCUCUGCAGUGAGGACCAGUGCUAUGGCCCCUGCUGUUCCCUGGACCUGAGACCCCGAGCCAAUGGCGCCCGCCUGCUGCUACGAAAGACGCCAUCGAGGGGCCUUGCCAAUGAAAACUCGGAUGAUUCCCGCUCCAACUCGGAGGAGAAUCUCCUCUCAUCAACAGAAGACAAUGAAAAAGAAAUAAAUCGACUCUCUACAUUCCCCUUCCCACCGUGCAUGAACUCCAUCAACCGACGAUUCAACACUGUGGCUGAGUUUGACUUGGAAUCGUGGGGCAGUGAUGAUAAUGAUACCAUUGCGGGCGAGCAGAGUGAACCUUCUUUGUGUGAUUCCUGGAACUCUGUACAUUCUCAUCUCUUCCCCCCUGACCUGGUCAACCUGCCUGCAGUCUCCUUACAGCAACCCAAUCCUAGUGUUUGCAGGACACCCUCCUGCUCCCCUCCUUCGAGCCCCCCGCUCUCACCAAAGCCCAGAAGAGCCAGUCUAGCAGACGACAUUACAAUAGUCGGAGGAAACCAAACGGGGAUCUUUGUCAGCCACGUGAGAGCUGGUUCCCCGGCCGAACUAUGCGGACUGAAGGAGGGCAGUGAGUUGCUAGAGCUGGACAAGGUUCUGUUUGGCGGUGGCAGCGUGCAGCUCGGCCAGUGCACUGCUGAGGUAGCCCACUUUUCUCUGCAGUGGUGGACUGAGCCUUCAACACUCAAGCACCAGAGCAAUCCAGAGGCAUACUCCAAGCUGUGCUCCAAGCUCUCGUUGCCCACUUUCAUGGGCGCCGACUCCUUCUAUGUGCGAGUUAAUCUCAACAUGGAGCCUUGCGGUGACCUGCCGUCUCUGGGAGUGUCCUGUGAUGACAUCAUACACGUCACGGACACAAGAUACAAUGGAAAAUACAAUUGGCGCUGUUCCCUGGUGGACCCACACUCAGCCAAGCCCCUGCUGACAGGAACCAUGCCCAACUACAACAGGGCACAACAGUUGUUACUCGUUAGACUACGAAAAAUGGCCCUGCAGCAAAAGGAUUUCAGGAGGAAGUUCUUGAGGAAGGCAACCGGACGAGUACGACUGGUCAAGGCAGUGGACCCCAAUUGCCGUGGGAUUGCCUCUACAAAGCAAGUCCUUUACACACUCAGCAAACGCCACGAGGAGCACUUGAUCCCGUACAGUUUAGUGCAGCCGAUGCAGGUUCAGACAAAGCGGCCGGUCAUCUUCUCCCCCUCUGUCCUCUCUCGUGGUCUCAUAGAGAGGCUGAUGCAACCUGCCGAGUCUUGUUUGAAGUUCAACACCUGCCCACCAGAGCCUAUCCAGGCGUCAGAGACACAAGACAAGAGAGUGUUCCUGUUGGAUCCCUGCAACCCAGAGGCAACUCUCGGAAUACGGCUGCAAUCAAUCAAGGACGCCAUCAGCCAGGACAAGCACUGUCUGCUGGAGCUGGGGCUGCCCAGUGUCGAGGGCUUAUUGAGACAGGGGGUGUUCCCCAUCGUCCUCCAUAUCCGCCCCAAGAACAAAAAUCGCAAGAAGCUGAGGAAGCUGUUCCCGCGGUGCGGGGAGGAGAGCGCCAUGGAGGAGAUGUGCCAGGCCGAGGAGCUGCAGCUGGAGACGUUGCCCCUGCUCUACUACACGCUGGAGCCCAGCUCGUGGAGCUGCACUGAUGAGCUGCUGGCAGCCAUAUGCCACGCCAUUCACAGCCAACAGAGGACAAUGGCGUGGAUCGAACUGGAUAGGUUGCAAUAGAGGAGGAAAAAACUGAAUAUUUAUUUUCAUUAUGCAAACUACAAACUAGAUUUUCUUGGUUUGGAAUCAAUAGUAUGACAGCUGCCAGCCGGAGUGUUUGAUCAUCAUACUACAGUAUUUUAAGGGAGAAUGAUUUACAUGUAAUCUUUCUAAUUCUAAAGAAUUACUAUCUUUACAGCCACGCUGGACUUGUUACGUUAGUACAGAUUUGACCAACUCUUUGCAGGAUCCUUUGCCAUACAGACCUCACUGCAAGUAGCAUCACAUUACUGUCCUUUAAAUGCUCAAAGGAAGACACUUUAAGGCAUGUUGGUCACUGGGUAUUCCGUUAUGGUGUGUAUGCGAGCAGAAAUUUAAGCUGUGAGGACAUGGAGAGGGAUAAAAUAGGUGUAGGGGAUUGUAUUGUGUUGUAAGCCGGGAUGUAAUGCAUGGCGCUAAUCUCCUUAUCCCCAUUUUGUAUUUGGAGUAAAUACUGUGACCUUCUGUGGCUGACAUGAUGUUUGAGGUGUAAACCCAGUGAACAGUUCAUACUGAAAUAUAUCACACUGUCAUACCUGUAAUUACACACAAAAAAAUGAAUUUCUGGCUUUUUUUAGGUGCAUAUGCAUGACGGUGAGUAAGCUUGUGCUGCAUUUGUACGACGCAGUACAGAAGCUGUACUUCACUUGAAUAAAAUGGUGUUGUUUUGUAAGAAUAAAUAAAUAAAUGCUGAUGAAAAUUGA